AUGAGCCAACUGGCACAAUUAUUGGCUGAUAAAGGAAAGAGCCCUGUAAUUAAUUCGGGAGUUGAUCAGGAGGACCCUGUUUAUCCUCCAGGUUUUACCCUGACAAGCACUCAAGCACAACUAGAGAUGUGCCCCCAAAGGGCACCUGUGAAUAUUGGACCUCAAUAUCGGGUCGGCGCCUCGGCAUCAAUGCACUUUCAAGUAGGCUCGGGUUCUAAUCCCGGGGGCAACCCUACCAACCCUGUGGUCCCUGAUCUCGAUGACAUGGUAGAAAUGGAAAAAGUAAGAAUAGACUUGACAAAACAACUUGAGGACCGAUGUAGAUGGCUAGAGGAGAAAUUUAGAGCUAUGGAGAACACCGACUACCAAUGUGGAGUUGAUGCCAAAGAUUUGAGUUUGGUUCUUGAUUUAGUGCUCUCGCCCAAGUUCAAGAUGCCGGAGUUCGAAAAGUACAACGGGACUAGUUGCCCUGAAGCUCAUAUAACUAUGUUCUGUCGAAGAAUGACAGGAUACGGCAACAAUGAUCAACUGUUGAUCCACUGCUUCCAGGACAGUCUGAUCGGGUUUGCAGCUAAAUGGUACAACCAGUUAAGCCGCGCCAACAUCCAUUCAUGGAAGGACUUGGCACGGGCUUUCAUAAAGCAGUACAACCAUGUAACGGAUAUGACAAUCGAUAGAAUCACAUUGCAGAACAUGGAAAAGAAACAAAAUGAGAGCUUUAGGCAAUAUGCCCAAAGAUGGAGAGAGGUAGCGACACAGGUCCAGCCACCUCUUCUGGAGAAAGAAACCACGAUGCUUUUCAUUAAUACUCUGGAAGCCCCAUUCAUUAACCAUAUGUUGGGAAGCGCUACUAUGAACUUCUCAGAUAUGGUAAUGUCUGGCGAGAUGAUUGAAAACGCCAUCAGAAGUGGAAGAAUAGAUGGUGGGGUAGAUAAUAGAAGGUCAAUCCCAAAGAAAAAGGAGAAUGAAGUGAACCAUAUGAGUACUUACAACAAGUCGAUUACGGUGAACCGGCCAACGAAAGUGGUUGCUAGUCAACAAGGCUCAUUGAGACAAGAACCUGGAGUGAAACCAGAAGAUGUGAUCUCACCAAAGAAGGUUCACCCUCGAGAGUUCCAUGAAGGGGACCUAACAUCAAAGAAAAUCCUCUCCAAAAAAGGGCUUUAG